GUCUGCUCAGUGACUGCAUGACGUAGUACGUAAGGGCUGUUACCACUCGUGUGUCACGGAAAUCAGAUGACAAGCUCAGCGUUACUCACUGAUUUAACCAGAAACAGAGGAGAAAAACUAAUUCAGCUCAAAGGUUGCUGUUCAGAUAAGGAGGGUUUGCCUGGUUGACCCUGUGUGUAGCCCUUCCUUGCCAUGGCAACGCCGUAUUUCCCCACUUUCCUCUUCCUCAUUUUUCUGUCCUCCUUUGCCCUCUUGCUGCUCACCCUUCUGCCGUCUAUCGCCCCCUCAAUUCCCUUUACCUCCUCGUCUCAUUCCUCGUCUUGGCCGUCACCCUCCUGUGGUCCGGGUCAGUCCUGGGCAGUCCGACUUCACGCUGGCUCACAUCAUGAGGAAGAUGAUGUUGAACAGGGCUCUGUGCACCUGGAUGUGAUAGCCAACAGGGUAGCAGAGCAGGCUGGGCUGCAGAACCAGGGCCAGAUUGGACAGCUGGAAGGCCACUACCUGCUGUGCUCUGUAAAGCCUGGUGCUGGAUCUGUCAGUGGUGUCUGGAGAAAAAGUCUUCAUCCUGGGGACAUUCUAGCAGCCCACCCGCAUGUCCUGUGGUACUCCCGGGAUAGAGUGCUCAGCCGCUCAAAGAGGUCAAUGGCCUUCAAUGACCCCAACUACCCUAAACAGUGGCACCUGCACAAUGACAUCAGUCGGGGUAUGGACAUCAAUGUGACAGGAGUGUGGGAGCGCAACAUCACUGGCCAAGGAGUCACAGUUGUGGUCGUGGAUGACGGGGUGGAGCACACCCACCAGGACAUUCAGCCCAACUAUAGUGCAGAGGGCAGUUAUGACCUGAACUCCAACGACCCAGACCCCAUGCCUCACCCCGACCUCCACAGCGACAACCACCACGGGACUCGAUGUGCCGGAGAGAUUGCAGCUGUUCCCAACAACAGCUUCUGUGCUGUGGGUGUGGCCUAUGGCAGCAAGGUGGCAGGUAUUAGAGUGCUGGAUGGCCCACUGACAGACAGCCUUGAGGCCAUAGCCUUCAACAAACACUACCAAGUCAAUGAUAUCUACAGCUGCAGUUGGGGUCCAGAUGAUGAUGGACACACUGUGGAUGGACCUCAUCCCCUGGGCAAAGCAGCGCUGCAGCACGGGGUGAUUGCAGGCAGACGAGGCUUCGGGAGCAUCUUCGUGGUCGCCAGUGGCAACGGAGGUCAAUACAACGACAACUGCAACUAUGACGGCUACGCCAACUCCAUCUACACCAUCACCAUCGGAGCAGUUGACGAGAACGGCAGGAUGCCCUUCUACGCCGAGGAGUGUGCAUCCAUGCUGGCUGUCACUUUCAGCAGUGGGGGGAAGAGGAUGAGAAGCAUAGUGACCUCUGACUGGUCCAUGCAGCAGGGGACGGGCUGUACGGACGGCCACACUGGCACGUCUGCUGCUGCCCCUCUGGCGGCAGGAAUGGUGGCCCUCAUGCUGCAGGUCCGGCCCUGCCUCAGCUGGAGGGAUGUUCAGCACAUCAUCACCUUCACCGCCACUAAGUGUGAUAAUAGUUCAGACUGGAGGGUGAACGGAGCAGGUUUUCAUCACAGCCACCAGCACGGCUUUGGUCUGCUCGACGCAUGGAGACUGGUUAAUGCUGCCAAGGUGUGGGAGUCAGUGCCGUUCCUCGUGUCCUAUCAGAGCUCAGUCAUAAGGGAGGAGCAACGCAUCCGGACCUAUCCUGAUGAGCUCGUCCGUACCUGGAAUGUCUCUGCUGCCGACCUGAAACAGUCAGGAAUGGAGACGCUGGAGCAUGUGGCCGUUACCGUGACGAUAACGCACCCUUGCCGUGGCAAUGUGGAGAUUGUGCUGGUUUGCCCCAGCGGCAUGACAUCGGUCAUCGGGGCUCGCCGAGCCAUCGACAGAGACGCUGCAGGCUAUCAGGAUUGGACUUUCUCUACUGUGCGCUGCUGGGGAGAGAAAGCCGAAGGCCAGUACACCCUGAAGAUAUCGGAUCACAAGGAGGGGUUCUCUGACCAGUCUGCUGUGGGGGUGCUGAAGCAGUGGAAGUUGACCCUGUACGGCUCGUCUAUGACCUACAGAGAAGUCAAGGACAGACAGCGGGUGGUGGAAGACGCCAUGAGUGGCAAGUAUCUGGACAGCAGCUUCUCCCUGCCCUGCCCUCCAGGCCUGGACAUCCCUCCAGAGAUCAUCAGCCCCUUCACUUCCAACAGCCUCAAGUUCCUGCUGUUGCUGGGCUGCUUUGCUCUCUUCUGGUCCCUCUACUACACCCUGGAGGUCACGCUGGCCCACCUGGACCUCUGGGGUCUUCUCUGCCUGCCCAGGAGACGUGGCAGUCACCGGGGCAGACAGGGGGGCCGAACGAGAGGAGUGGAGGAGGCUAUGGUGGGGGAGGAAGAGGAGCAGGACUCAGAGGUGGAGCUGCAGACAGUGCUGGACUCCGAGGCCAAAGUGCCGCUCAUCACUGGAGAGAGGCUGGAGACAUAGCACUGUCUCACUGUCUGCGCUCACGGGACGUCUCAGGCUGUCACCCUCUUCUGUCCACUCGCCUCCUUUACUGCUUCUGACUCCCUCAGCUUCCAGCAGUGGUGGUGGAGGACCACAGAGUGGACUGCUGAUGAACUUGAAUGAAGAGGGGACUCUUUGUCCUUCUCUGCGUUCCCCUGACCAGUGGCCUUGAAUGUGUUUGUGCUGUGACAGUGCAUGUGUGUGCCGUUAUAUUCCUGAUCCUUAACAAAGGAAAUGAAAAUAAAGGAAAUCGUCCAAAUCAGGACAUUAGGUUUAGGAUCAGGCAGCUACAGAGGUACCUAAAAGGGUUUAAAUGUCCCAGCAUAACAGUGUGUGUGUCAUCUGUAUCUGAAGACAAACUGAGCCUACAGAUUGAAAAGAUGCACUGUAGGGAUACCUGUGGAGUCAGAAAAUCUGAUGUGCACUAUAGGAAAACUAUGAAACUGCUGUGUGUGUGAUUGUGUGUGUGUGUGCCCUGUGUGAGGACUUGAGUGUUUAUGCCUGUAAUAUGCAAGGUCUUCCAGGAAAAAGUGUCCUACAAUGUGAGGAUUCAAGAGGGUACUUAUGUAUUUUAAUAUCGUUUUCUGAGGUGUUACUUUAUACAUUUCACUUUUAAAUCUGGGGUUAUUUUCUGUGGGUUAUCAAGUAACUACUGACAAAAACUUGAAGUGGGAUUUCCAAGCGUGGGAUUUGCAGAUAUUUUUUUUGAUAAAGUAUAAUAUAUACACAAUGUGUGCCUGCUGUACAGAUAUAUACCGACUGUGUUUAAGGAUUUAUACAGUGUUUUUAAGAAUGUAUUAAAGAGCUAUAAUUUUUUAAUGUAAAGGGGGUUUGAAGUGAAGUUAGAAACUUGUGUUUUGCUGUGCAAGUCACAGGUGGUAUCAAAGAUAAUAAAAGACUGUUGAUGGAAAA